AACGCUGACAAAAACACGCGACAGCAGACGUGAGCGUCGUUUAUUUACGAAAUCAAAAUAACGGGAAAAAUAAUAUAUUCCUAUUAUUUAACUGCUUUAUGAGUAUUGAAAUAGUAGUGUAAAUAUUGUGCUUAUCUUUAUCUAACGAAUAAUUACGUGAUCAACUUUAUUUUAACGGUCUUACAGAAGUUUUCAGUCAAAAACGAUGGGUGAAAUGGGCAAAACGCUCGGGCUCGACGAGCUGACUGACGGAGCAACGACCAUUACUAAAGCCUUACUCGCAGAAUUCAUCGGAAAUCUAUUACUAAACCUAUUUGGAUGUGGUGCAUGCGUGAAUGUAGCUCUGGGAUCAACUGCGGCACCUGAUAUAGUCUUAAUUGCACUCGCGUUUGGACUGGCUGUGUUCGCUAUUAUUUCUGCAGUUGGUCACAUAUCAGGGGGCCAUGUCAAUCCAGCUGUGACAAUUGGGUUAGCGGCAACCGGGGGUGUGAAGCCCGUGCGCGCCAUACUCUACAUAAUCGCGCAAUGCGCCGGCGCCGCCGCAGGAUCAGGCUUGCUCAAAUCCUUCACACCGGAUCGUGCCGCAGGGAACCUUAGCGUCACUGGACUUGGCACUGAUGUAACGCAGCUGCAGGGUUUCGGCAUCGAAUUCUUCCUCGGAUUCGUGCUCGUCUUUGUUGUCUGCGGUGUGUGCGACGCCAACAAACCAGACAGCAAGGCGACCGCACCACUGGCUAUUGGUCUGACAGUUACCUUGGGUCAUUUGCUCGCUGUAGACUACACUGGUUCUUCAAUGAACCCAGCUCGUUCCUUCGGCUCAGCGGUCGUCGCUAACGUAUGGGACAACCAUUGGAUUUAUUGGGCUGGACCUAUUGCUGGUGGCGUUGCAGCGGCGCUCAUCUACGUCCACGGAUUCUCUGCGCCGCCACCGAGUAACAUCACUCCGGCCCGCUACAGGCCAGUGGCCGGAGAUGAAAAAGAGCUCAAGAGGUUGGACGGUAACAAUGAAAACAUUGCCUGAAACCGCGCAUCACUAGCGUCGCACCUUCACGGGACUUAUCGCGGAUACGGAAUCUCCGUGCCUAGCGACGUUCGCCUCCCCGGACCAUUGACAUAUCGCCACAGAUUAUAUUAUGAAAACUUCAAUUCGAACAAUAACAUUUAAUUCAUGAUUUGUAAGCACUUAUGAUUAAAAAAUAUUUUGAUUCUACACUGCCUCCUAUAUUAUGCAUAGAGCAUGCAUAGACAUGAUUAUAAUUUAAAUUUGACAUAGAGUUCAAUAAUAACUCUUUUUUUUAAAUGUCAAGAUGCGAGCUCUUAAACUCGGCUGUUUAAAUGGUUUUUACUGAAUGUAUUCUUUUGAUGCCAAAAUAACUUGAACUGAUUGAAUCAAACCUAGUGCAUAAAUAAAAAAAUCUCAUAGAAUUAAAACAAGCUUUAAUCACGACUUUGCGUUACGUAAUUCUUAUGAAUAAGAUGUGUUAAAGUUAAUCGCUAUGUGUAUCACACAUGGAAUAAUAACUACAACAAUACCUUUUGCAGUUAUUGUUAACUGCCCAGAUAAAAGAUUAAAUUUUGCGACAAAAAUUAAAAGUAUGUAUGGGACUUGUGAUGUUUGCAGUAAAUUACACGGACGGCACCUAAGUCAUAUAUUAUCUUUUUAAAAUUAAUUAAUCACAAGCCAAAACAAACAAUCAAAACAAACAAAAAAUCAACGUAAAUUAUUCUAUAAUAUUUAUAUUACUUUGUACCAUUUAUCAUACCUGUUAUAUGUAAAUCUGUUUUUAAGAUUUAUAAUAUGUUUAGUGUUAUAGAUUUUUUAUCUAUUUACAAAUUUUAAAUAUCGAUCAAGUGUGCUUUAUACCGGAGCCCUAUCUAAUAAAUGUUACAAUCCGACACACAUUCUACAAGUAUGUGCAUAUCACCAAUUUGCCUGUCAAGUUAGAACAAAAAUUGUUGCUACAAUUCUACAAUGUUGUAAAUUUUCCACCGUCAAAAUUCUUUAAUUUUUAUUAUAAAGAAAUAUAAAGAAAUGUAAAUCGUAAUCACAAAUUGUAAAUGUUAGCUUUUGUUACAUAGUUUCCUGAUUGAGCGAUAAUUUCUAUAUAAAUAAAUAUACCUUAGAAUGUUCGUAAAAAAAUAUAUUUAAGGCUAUCUUUUAUAAGAAUAAAUCUCAAUUUAUUAAUUUUUAAAGAAACUUUAAAGAAAAUAUUUUUAUAAUUAUAUGACUAUUACAACACAAUAUACGUUUGCGUCUUGUAUUUUCAGUGUAAAUGUAAAAUACUGUAUCUUAGUUAAGAAAGUGAAGAAAAAACGACUGCUUUCAUACACACUGCUGGCAACACCAGAUUUUUCAAGAUUGUAACCUUUGAUUGUCAAUUGUCAGUGAACUUUUAAUGUGACACCCAGAUUUGAUAACUGACAAAACAAAACAUCCAAGCCAUCAGCGAUGGUAGGGUAGUCGUAAUUUUCUGAAGUGUAAUAAACAUAUAGUUUAAUAAAUAUAUUAUUACCU